AUUAUACAUUUACACUUUGUUGAGUACCCCUUUUCAAAUUUACACUCAGGAGGAGGACAUUUUCACAAAUACCUAAUUGUUUAGUAGCCGAAAGACAAUAAUAACCCUCGCAAUUUUAACCUUUUCUCUCGAAUCUCUCUAGCUCGCCAUCGAAGGCGACGAGAUUACAGAGCUACGACGGCGAUUCUAGCAACGGCGACGACAAAAGGUCUUCUCUCUCACUAGUCACGCCGUCUCUCUGGAAAGAGCAUCCGGUGACGACGAAUAACAAUCAGACUAUACGAUUCAAAAUUUCAUCUCAAAAAAUGUCGUCUACUCCUCACGAUUCUCCUCUACACGAUUCUCCUAUACACGAUUCUCCUCUUCACGAUUCUCCUAUUCAUGAUUCUUAUCUUCACGAUUCUCUACAAUUGGAUAGCAACGAGUUUUGCACAACCUUGAAAUUGCCUGGGAGGGUUUAUGAAGCUGUAGAAACACCAGAUAAUCCCAAAGCGAUAAUCCAUCACUCAAAGAUUGAUUAUAUCGAGAAGGUGGAAGAUAUAUUAGGAAAAGAAGAGUUUUCUUUCAUAGAGAACUCUCACAUUGGGAGCAUUUUGAAGUUGGUUAAAAGGAAUAGGGUUCAAUUUUCAGAAGAGUUGUUCCAUUUUCUAAUGCAGCGAAGAGUAUUGACGCAAGGAGAGGAUCUCUGGUUUACUUUCUCGGACCAGCCUAUGAGGUUUUCACUAAGGGAAUUUCAUCUGACAACAGGCUUACGUUGUGAGGAAGAUCAGACAAUAACAGAGCCGCUGUUCAAAAUAAUGAAGAAGCCAUACAUUUGGAUGCUGGGCAAGAUUGAUAAGUUUACGGUGAGAACGUUAUAUGAAAUGUUUAAAAAGAAAGCACGAAGCAUGCCAACACUAGAAAGAUUAUCCCUUGGAACAGCAAUACUCACAGAAGCGGUAAUUAUGGCAGAAAAUCCGAGUUCUAAAAUCCCGAGAGACAGGUUGCAGCGUUAUAUGAACUAUCGCUCACACAAGAUUGCUUGGGGUAAAACUGCUUAUAGAAUCUUGAUGAGAAGUGUAAAAAGUUUGAGUGCAAGUUCCUGGACAGGAGAUAGUUAUGAAGUGAGUGGUUUUGCGCUAGCCAUAAAUCUGUGGGCAAUGUCAUCAGUGAAUGUGCUUGGUAAAUCUUUGGGAAAGCCAUGCGAGACAUCCUCUUCUUCUGAUCCGUUGUGUCUACAUUGGGACUCAACAAGAACUCCGACAAUAGCUGAAGUGUUAGAGCUGGAGAAGAUAAACAAUGUUGAGGUUAGCACAGUGAUUGGAUUGGCUGAGGAAUACAAACAUUUGGUGGGGGCAACACAUAGUGACGAUGCUGACUUUCACAGUGUUGUGAAACUAGUUCAACAAGGAUACAAAAUGAGGAGAAGCGAUUGGGAGAAAGGUUUUGUGGAUAUGUUUGUUGCAACAGAAGAUAUAGGUCAACAACGCAAGACAAAAGACGAAGAUGCAGAGCAUGGUGAAGAUCUGAACCAUAAUGAAGAUGAAGAGGAAAAGAAAGAUGAAGAGGAAAAGACAGAUGAAGAGGAAAAUAAAGAUGAAGAGUAUCAAAAGGAUAAGGAGCAAAGAAAAGAUAAAAAUCAUUCCAUGUCUAACAGCGAGAAACUUGAUAAGCUAAUCCAAAUGGUUCGUGAUUUGGAUAAGCGAGUAGUAAUGAUCCAGAAUGUUUUAGGAGUUAAGUUUAACGACAGUUCACCAAACAAAGAAGAUUGUGAAAAUGGAGCUAGUUCUGGUGAUAGAAGAAGUGCACAAGAUUAUGAAAAUGAAGAAGAUACAAUUAAUGAAGAAGCAAACUCUGAUGAUAAAAAAAAUGCACCAGAUGAUGAAAAUGAAGAAGAUACAAUUGCUGAAGCAGCAAACUCUGAAGAUACAAUUGCUGAAGAAGCAAACUCUGGCGAUGGAAGAAGUGCACUGGAUGAUGAAAAUGAAAAAGAGAUAUGUGAUGAAGAAGCAAAAUCUGGUACAGAGCAUCAAAGGGAAGAAGAGAAUAUUCUUGGGGAAAUUGAGACUACACAAAAAAUCACUCAAGACGAAGACACAGAAAAACUUGAAUCAGAAAGUUGCUUGAAACAAACGUCGCAGGUUACGUCGCCUACUCCAACAUUCAAUACUCCAAACUUUGAUACAAGGGUUUCAUCGCCUAAUCCAACAUUUACGUCUCCUAAGUUUGAUCUCCUUUCCCAAGAAAGUCAUAGUGGAAAGGGUACAAAUGAGGUUCUUAUGAGAGAUGUUUAUGAGAUUCCUGUUUUCCAACCUCUAAUGAAAAUAAAAAAGAGAUUGGUACAACAACACAGCCAGGUAAACGAAGAUGUUGAGCCUCCACUUCAAAAGAAGUUUAAAGCUGAUACAGAUAAUGUUCCGCUAAGAAGAAGUGAAAGAGGUCAAAUACCAUCCAUUCAUACACAACCACCGUUUACAGGAGCAAGGAAGAAACAUCCGAUUCUUCAUCCCUUUGAGCCAGUUGAUAAAACAAGAAAAGAAAAAAUGAGAGAAUGGAAAAUGUCAAACAAAAGAAAGAAGCUGAGAAUCAAUCAAGAGAUAGUAAACGCAAAGUGGUUUUCGGAUAUUGAAACUCCGGGAAAAAAACUUUCAAAAACGCAUAUUGAAGCAGGUUUUGAGUUGCUGAAACUGAGACAGAUAAACAAUCCAGAUUUGUUUCUGAACAAAACUGCCUUAGUUGUUGGAGUGAAGUUUCUUGAAGAAAUAGAUGAGUUUUAUGAUGAGUUUUUAGAUGACAAGAAAGGUUUCCAAUUUGGAGCAGGCUUUGACAAGUACAACAUAGAGAAGAAUAUCAACUUCCUCUAUUCGGCCAUUGCAGUAGCAGAGAAGUAUUGGCUUGGAGUUGUAAUCAACUUGGAGAAGAGAAAUAUCACAGCAUUCAAUUGUGCAGCAAUGAAGUUCACAGAUGCGAGUUUGGUCCCUUACGUUAAUGCAUAUGCGAUGGCUCUCCCAUUCAUGAUUCGCUACUUCUUCAAAGAUGUCAGCAUGGAUACAAGCAAGUUCUCGAUAAAAAUUGUAUCUGAAGGUUCUUAAAAUAGAAGACAGUGGAGUUUAUGCAUUGAAGCUGAUAGAGUGCCAUGCAAUGCGUAUAGUGGAUUUGACAAAGCUGAGUGAAGAAAAAAUUGCAAUCAUCCGAGAAAAGUUGGCGGUUGAUAUCUUCUCGGAAUUACAAUGAAUACUAAUGUGGGAAUGAACAAAAACUUUAUAGCUUGCUUAUAGUUAUGUGUGAACAACUAUCUGUUUUAUGCGUGUUUGGUAAACUUUGUUUGUAGAAUUCUGAGUAUUAUGAGUUUAUGACUUGGAUUUAUGGUUUUCCUU